AUGAAAUAUUGGAAUUUAAAAAAAAUUAAUCAAUCAGCACUUGAUAAAACAGGUAUUAUACCUAGGUCGAUAAGUAGACUUUUCGAAAAAUUUACAAAAGAACUCGAUCCAAACGCAGAAGUAGAAGCUUUAGAAGAAUUUAAGGUAUCUCGAUACCAAACUGUAGCAUCUGUUAAGUAUAUUCUAUUUUUAUUCAUCAUGCCGGUAUUAGUAAAUCAACUAGCAAAAAGCUUUAUAUUUGGACCAUGUAUUAAUUAUUUAUGGAAUCAUGAAGAGCAUAGUAUCUUUUUAAAUGAAUCACAAGAGGAAAGAGCAUUUGCUGAAUUACAACGUUUUGAAGAAAAAUUACAUUUUGAAAUAUUAAUUGGUAGAAUUCAAAACCCUUCUUCUAGUUUGAUUAAUCAUAAAAUGACAGAUAAAGCUUUAGAAAUAGCAACCCUAUAUGCAAAUGAAAGUUCUUCAGCAAUUAAAAAUAUUUUAGCUGAUUUUUUAUCAGGAACCAUUUUUAUUUCUAUUUUGAUUAUUAGCAGAAGACAGUUUUCCAUUCUUAAGUCAUUUAUCAAUGAAUUAAUAUAUGGAUUAAGCGAUACAGCAAAAGCAUUUUUAAUUAUUUUAUUUACAGACAUGUUUGUAGGUUUUCACUCUCCUCAUGGAUGGGAAGUAAUAAUUGAAAUAAUACUUAGGCAUUUUGGAUUGCCUGAAAGUCGAGACUUUAUUUUUGUAUUCAUUUCAACAUUCCCUGUUGUAUUAGAUACGAUUUUUAAAUAUUGGAUAUUUCGCUAUUUGAAUAAAAUAUCACCGUCAGCAGUAGCAACUUAUCAUAAUAUGAACGAAUAA